UGGGCAGACCCCGCCCAGGUGACCACAGAGACGCAGCUGAGCCUGGGGCCAUGGAGAAAAACGCGACCUGGGAAUCGGACGCCUGGGGCUCCUCUAGGGGGUGGCUAGCCCCCCGAGGGGCCAGAGGAGGACCAUCACUGUCCUCUGUGCUGAAUGAACUGCCCAGUGCUGCCACCCUCCGGUACCGAGGCCCUGGGGUGUUGCCUUGGGGGACACUGGUAGAGGAGGUGGAGGAUGGAGGAAGAAGCAGUCGGGCUGUCACAGAAGCCACCCAAAAGGAGCUGCAAGAACCUCACCCUUCCCGGGAACUGCCCUGGCCCAUGCAGGCCAGACGGGCACACAGGGAGAGCCACGCUAGAGACCAAGUGGCCUACGGGUCUGGAUCUAGGGCAGCUCAGUGGGCCGUGCUGCUCCGGAGGUCCAAAGAGAAGAUGAGGGCGAACCUGCACGCCCUGCAGCCCUGGGCAUGGACGCUGAAGAGGAUCGGGGGCCAGUUUGGCGCCGGCACGGAGUCCUACUUCUCGCUGCUGCGCUUCCUGCUCCUCCUCAACGCGCUGGCCUCGGUGCUGAACGCCUGCAUGGUGCUGCUGCCCACCUGGCUGGAAGGGGCCCCCCCGGGCCCUCCCGACCCCGACACCUCCUCGCCCUGCGGCUCCUACCACCCCUACUCCCAGGGCCUGGUCACCUUCCCCGCCCAGCUCUUCUAUCUGCUCUCGGGAGAAGGUUACCUGGAAUGGUCACCUCUCUUCUACGGCUUCUACCCGCCCCGCCCGCGCCUGGCCGUCACCUACCUGUGCUCGGCCUUUGCCGUCGGUCUCAUCUGUCUCCUGCUCAUCCUGCAUCGCUCGGUGUCGGGGCUGAAGCAGACAUUGUUGGCGGAAUCGGGGGCCCUGACCAGCUACAGCCACCGGGUGUUCUCGGCCUGGGACUUCGGCCUCCGCGGGGACGGCCACGUGCGGCUGCGCCAGCGCCUCAUCCUGUACGAAUUACAGGUGGAGCUGGAGGAAGCCGAGGUGCGCCGCCGGGCUGCGGUGCGGACGCUGGGUCAGCAAGUCAGGAUUUGGUCGGUGCGGCUGCUGCUCAACCUCCUGGUGGUCGCGCUUCUGGGGGCAGCCUUCUAUGGCGUCUACUGGGCUACAGGGUACACCGUGGAGCUGCAGGAGACGCCCGUUGUCCAGCAGACGCCACUGCUGCAGCUUGGGGUGAAUUACCUCCCGUCCAUCUUCAUCUCCGGGGUCAACUUUGUGCUGCCGCCCAUUUUCAAACUCAUUGCGCCCCUGGAGGGCUAUACUAGGAGUCGCCAGAUCGUUUUUAUCCUGCUGAGGACCGUGUUUCUCCGCCUCUCCUCCCUGGUGGUCUUGCUCUUCUCUCUCUGGAAUCAGAUCACCUGUGGGGGCGACUCCGAGGCUGAGGACUGCAAAACUUGUGGCUACAAUUACAAAGAGCUUCCGUGCUGGGAGACUCGGCUGGGCCAGGAGAUGUAUAAACUCUUGCUCUUUGAUCUGUUGACUGGCUUGGCAGUCACGCUGCUUAUCCAGUUUCCUCGAAAGUUGUUCUGUGGCCUCUGUCCUGGGGCACUGGGUCGUCUGGCGGGGACCCAGGAAUUCCAGGUGCCCGACGAGGUGCUGGGGCUCAUCUACGCGCAGACGGUGGUCUGGGUGGGGAGUUUUUUCUGCCCUUUACUGCCUCUGCUUAACACAGCCAAGUUCCUGCUGCUUUUCUUCCUGAAAAAGUUCACCCUCUUCUCCACCUGCUCCCCGGCCUCCCGCACCUUCCGGGCCUCCACAGCGAAUUUCUUUUUCCCCUUGGUCCUUCUCCUGGGUCUGGCCAUCUCCGCCGUUCCUGUGCUUUAUAGCAUCUUCCUGAUACCGCCUUCUAAGCUGUGUGGUCCAUUCCGGGGACAGUCAUCCAUCUGGGCCCAGAUCCCUGAGUCUAUUUCCAGCCUCCCUCAGACCGCCCAGAACUUUCUCUUCUUCCUGGGGUCCCAGGCUUUUGCUGUGCCCCUUCUGCUGAUCUCCAGCAUCCUGAUGGCGUAUUCUGUGGCUCUGGCCAACUCCUAUGGAUGCAUCAUCUCUGAGCUCAAACGUCAGAUAGAGACGGAGGUGCAGAAUAAAGUCUUCCUGGCACAGCGCGCUGUGGCGCUGAGCUCAGCCAAUGGGGCUCUUUGACCUUCCCAGCCUGGCCCAGGGUCCGGUCCUACAUUCCGACUCCGGAUCUGCUUCCCCGGCCCUCGGUUACGUCAUCUCUAAACUAGAACUGGAGAAGUCUCCACGUCCUCCCAUCCCUGAGCUCUGGAGAUUUCCAGAACCCCCA